AUGCAGUGUCAGCAUGGCAAACCUACUCUAGCGAUGCUCCACAGGGAGCACAGCAUAGCCCGAGUUGAGACCAUCUCAUUGGACACGCAGGCAGCACAGAGCAGCGAUGCUCCUAGAAGCCCACCAGGCAAAGGCAAAGGGCCAACUGCGCCUGCUCGCGGCAAAGGGGGCAAAGCGGGCAAAGGAGCCGGCAAGGGGACAGACCAAGGUGAAGCAGGUCAAGCGCGCAACGAAGGUGCAGGUCAGGGGCAAAAAGGGCCACCGUUGCCUGCCAAGGGAGCAGGUAAGGGGGCAGACGAAGGAGACGCAGGCCGCGUGAUAGAGGUUGGGAGUUUGGGCCGAAAGCUCUCACUGAAGUCAGCCACAGGGCGGAUGGGUUGUCUGUCCCUCCUCAACCAGGCCAGAUCGGGUCGGCCCACGAGGAUCGAUCCCACUCGAGUAGAUUUCGACACCAUGCUCACCACCUUCGCUCAAGACCGGGCGCCUCCUCGCGCGCACGUGUUCAUGAGGAAGCAGCCUGAAGUCAAGAUCCUUCCGGAUGCCCUGGCACAAAAUCUGGGUAUCGUCUUGAAGACGCUGGGUGCUGACACCCACAAAGCCGUGGUGAGCUUUGUGUUCUUGGAUAACGUGCUGGGCUUCGACGCGGAGGUAGCCGGACGUCUGAAAGAUGCCUGGCCAGACUCGAAGGACACCCAAAAGCAGAUCCAAGCCUUGCAUGAUUAUGUCCGGAAUCCAACUGCCAACAUCGCCGGCCUGCGGGAAAUUGACCGUCAAAUGAUGCUGUUUGCACUGAUCCCGCGCUUAUUGCCAAGAAUCCGGAUCUUCUGCAUGAUGAAUGGCCUCGAAGAGCGGAAGACAGAAGCGUUUCGGAAGCUCCGGGAUCUGUCAACUACGUUGAACCGACUUCGCGCGUCUGAGACGCUGAAGCACAUUAUUGCAGUCGUUACUGUACUUUACAACUACAUCAAUCACGAGACACAUCCAGAUGCGGCCAGACAACUCAAAGGAGUUGACAUUAGUUCCCUUGCGGCCCUCCGGAACACCAAGUGCAACACAGGAGUCGGGCCGAUAACGAAUUACAACAUGCUACACUUUGCGAUCCAACAGAUGCUCCAGCAAGAUCCAACGAGGACGCUGCAGGAGUUUCAAGACGAUGUUCGAGGCCUCCGAGACCAUAAGGGCCUGAAGUGGGAGACCUGCAUGCAGGAGGCGAAGAGACUGCAAGAAGAUUUUUCGUUUGUUCAGCGCGAACUUUGUGCCCACUUCGAAGCUUACUUUGAUCCGGACAUGGAAUUAUUUGAGGUCGCCCUCAAAUCGCAGCCCUUCGCAGAGGUCAUGCUCUCGCACCCGUACGGUGAGCAGGUCGUUUUGGGCAUCCACAGCGCAUAUGGCGAAGCCUACAACACUGCGAAGAUCUUCCAGAGCCGCCUUACGGCAUUUUUCGGGAGCUACACAUCCGAGCUCCGGAUCCUGCAGCGUGACAUGCGGGCGUUUGUCCAGCACUUUGGCAUGAAGGCGGGCCGACACAAGACCAGCCCCCACACUGUGGAAUUAACCACAGCGCUCCUCCAAUUCACGGACCAAGUCCAGUCGCAUUGGCAGGAUCUCCUGCCAAAGCCAAAAAGAAAUCCUUCGAAGUCUCCCAGAACUUCUCGCACAGCUGGGCCCUCACGCAGACUCUCCCGGACCAUUACGCGAUCCUCGACCGAGGACACGAUCCCCGAGGAGGACACUGAGUGA